CAUCCUCCAACUAUAAAACAAAUCCAGCAAGGAAACACAGGGAAAAAGUAACGAGGGCGGCGACCGCACUUGUUCCUCCCCAGCUCAUACAUCCUCUUGCUUUCCACGCAAUUCCGGCCGACAUAACUGAACAGCACCAGCAGCGGACGACCACCACCACCAUAUAGACCCCUCGAACUCCCCUUCCUUUCCUGUUACGACUCCCGACGCUUGAAUCGAGGACACGACAGCUUCUUCCAUGGCCACCUCCUCCUCCUCCCCUCCUCCGCCACCCGACCCGUCCACCGACGCCGACCUCCUCCGCCACCUCCUCUUCGUCUCCCGUGACGUCUCCUCCCACCAACAACCUUCGCCGUCGUCGUCCCCCCUUCGUGUUAAUCCCAACUUCUCCUCCGUCCCCCGCAACGUUAAGCAGCUCUCCCUCCUCUUCGAGGAGCUACUCCUCGCCGUCCGAGAUGACGACGACCGCUGCGUUGACUUUGCCCUCCCGCGAUUGGCUUCGCUUUGCUUCCGCGAGAUUCUUCUCGUUCUCCACCGCCUCAAGGCCCAUUUUGACCAUUGCUCCGCCCGCAGCCGCGCUUUCGUCCUCUUCCGGGCCGAGCCCCUUGCCGCUGAGAUCCACGAGCAAGUUGUCGACCUCGCCACCUUCCUUGACAUCCUGCCUGUGGCGGAGCUUCGGAUUCCUGAGGACGUGAGGGACCACGUCCGCCUCCUCCUCCGCCAGCUCCGACGUUCCUCCCCCGCCGUCGAUCCCGCUGCCCUCUCCCUCCGCCGAGAUAUUCUCGAGCUCAUCGCACUCGUCGAGAGCGGGACGGUACCCGACCAUGCCGCGCUGCAGGGGAUCUUCCGGCGGCUCGGCAUCGAUGAUUCAUGGAACUGCCGCCACGAGAUCGACAGCCUCGAGCGCGACAUCGCCGACGGCGCCGCCGCCGACAGAUGGGUGCCGGCCAUGGUGGCCCUCGCGUCGAUCCUACGAUACGCUAGGUACGUCCUGUUCGGGGCAUCAACUCCCAGAUUGGACACCUCCGCCGGUGCCGACGGCAAGAAAUCGCCCUUCUCCGAGGCGGAGGACCUCGCGGUGCCGGCAGACUUCCGGUGCCCGAUAUCGCUGGACCUCAUGCGGGAUCCGAUGGUGGUGGCCACCGGACAGACGUACGAUAGGGACUCCAUCGUUCGAUGGAUCGGCUCCGGCCAUGCCACCUGCCCCAAGUCCGGCCAAGCCCUCGCCCACCUCGAGCUCGUCCCCAAUCGCGCCCUCAAGAACCUCAUCUGCUGCUGGUGCCGCGACAACAACCUUCCCUUCGACGGAGCCGACGUCACCAGCAACGAGCAAGCCGAUGCCGACAACGCCACGACAGCAGCGGCUAACAAGGCUGCGCUCGAGGCGGCAAGAAUGACUGCGUCCUUCCUCGUGGAGGAGCUCGCGGCGGCGCCGUGUACGGAUGCCGCGCACCGGGUGGUCCACGAACUCCGACUGCUGGCCAAGCACGGCUCCGACAACCGCGCAUUCGUAGCGGAGGCCGGUGCGAUUCCCCUCCUCCUCCCGCUGCUCCGAUCGGACGACGCUGGGCUCCAGGUCAGCGCGGUGACUGCGCUGCUCAACCUUUCGAUCCUGGAGGCCAACAAGCGGCUCAUCAUGCACGCGGAUGGCGCCGUCGACGGGAUCGUCCACGUCCUGGCAGAGGGCGCCAAGUGGCGGGCGAAGGAGAACGCUGCCGCCACCGUGCUCAGCCUCUCCUCCAUCCACUCCUACCGCCGGCGACUCGCACGACACCCCCGGGUGGUGGAGGUGCUGCUGCAGAUGGCGCGCCACGGCCCCGCCAGCUCAAAGAAGGACGCCAUGGCAGCCAUCCAUAGCCUCGCCGGGGACCGGGAAAAUACCGGGCGGCUGGUGGAGGGGGGGGUGGUGGGGGCGGCACUGGAAGCCGUGGGAGAGCCGGAGGUCGCGGAGGAGGCGGCGGCGGUGCUGGCGGCAGUGGCGAGGAGGGGCGGAGCGGAGGCCGUGGCGAAGGCGGAGGGGGCGGUUGCGCGGCUGGUCGGGUUGCUACGGCGGGGGUCGGACUGGGCGAGGGAGAGCGCAGCGGCGGCUCUGGUGGCGGUGUGCCGGCGGUCGGAGUCGGGGGUGGUGGCGGAGCUGGCGGCCAUGCCGGGGAUCGAGUGGGUGAUCUGGGAGCUGAUGGGGGCGGGGACGGAGCGGGCGAGGCGGAAGGCGGCGUCGCUGAGUCGGAUCUGCCGGCGGUGGGCGGCUGCCGUGGAGGCGGAACGCACAGCCAGAUUCUCGGCGAUGAGCGUCACGACGUCCUCUACUACAGUUGCAUCAUGAUCAGAAGUUAACGAUGACAGUACACAUACACACGCAGCAAGAUCCGUUAAGUGUAGUUAUCGCGCGCCGCUCAGGAUCGGACGGACAUCAUUCUUUCUCCUCAAUUGUGCAUAAUCGAGUGAUUCUUUGCUUUAAUUUCCAAGUCUUAAUAUUGCCAAUUUUUACGCGUACGAGUUUACAGAUUUGAUUUGUUUGGAGAUCGAAUAAAAAAGAGAGUUCUCGAAA